CAUCUGUGAAUAACACGCAUGCGAAACCUCAGGUAAUCUAGAUAUCAUCAACAUCAAACGUCCACUCUUACAUAAACAAAUAAACAUACGUCUCAUUUCAAUUGUCAACUUUAUUUAUUUGCUCAAUAUCAAAUAUCUUUCAUCCUCACUACAUCUUAAACAAUAAUCACGCAGAGCUUCAACAUGAAUCAAUCACUCCCACCCAACGUUCACAUCUCCACUCACCCAUGUCUCCAAGCCAAACUCUCACAAUUACGAUCCAGCGAAGCCAAUACCCGCGAAACCAAAGCUCUCGUUAAUGAAAUUUCAUUGAUAAUAGGAUGUGAAGCUACAGCUGCUGGAAUUACCGUUUCCAAAGGUCCAACUGUAUGUCCAGCCAUCCCUCUCUCCCUUUACCCCUCACCAUCUCCACCCCCACCCAUAACUCAACUAACCAAAUAACCAACAGGCCAAAACACCCCUCGGAUACGAAUAUACAACCACAACCAUAACCCCCUCCUCCAUCUCCCUAAUCCCUAUUCUCCGCUCCGGUCUCUCCAUGGUCGAAGCCCUCCAAACACUCCUCCCAACCCCUACCCCCAUUCACCACCUCGGACUCUUCCGCGAACCCACCACCCUCGAGCCUGUAGAAUACUACAACAAUCUUCCCUACCACGCACCUCCUGCUUCUUCUCCCUCCAACACCCCCAACUCUUCCGCUUCCGAGCUUGCCAUCUUGCUCGAUCCCGUUAUUGCUACGGGAGGUACUUGCGCUGCUGCUAUUCGCACAUUAAGGGAAUGGGGUGUCAAGAGAAUUAUUGUGAUGAGUGUGUUAGCUGCUUUACCGGGCUUGCAACAUGCAGCCAACGAAUGGCCUGAGGGAACAGAGAUUUGGUGUGCGGGAGUGGAUGAGGAAGUUAAUGAUAAGGGAAUGAUUAAGCCAGGAUUGGGGGAUGUGGGCGAUAGGUUGUUUUUAACUAUCGGAAAGUAAGAGCUUAGAAAGGAGUGGGUUGGUUACUUCGUCGAGGAUCGCUGCAUUGUAUAGCGAUGUGUCUUUAUAGUGAAUAGAUACCACCAGCUUGAUUUUCUAUUAUUGAUACUUGCUAAAC